UAGCCGCAGAUGCGCAGCGGAGGGUUGCAGAGGGUGGGUGUUGGCUACCAUCAAAGGCGAUUCUGGUCGCGCGCAGUAGAUUCCUGUAUGCUUGGAGAGCCGCCAUUGUUCGGGUGCUGCUUCGUGCGGUCCUUGACACAGUUGUUGACAAAAGGACUUGCAAUGAUCAAACAGCCUGUGAUGAUGGCCGCGCCUCAAUGGCCCGAUGCGCAUGCGCCGGCUGGCAAUUGCAGAGCUGCCCUGGCGAUUGGUCGCGAAAACAUUUUAACGUUCUGUGAGUGGAGACAGCCAUGGGCAAGGGGCCCAGAAAAAUAUUCCCAGCAACCCAUCAGAAUGUUAAAAUUCCAGGUUGCCCCUCCAUCCCAAACGAACCUGGAACCUGCAAACGUUCCGCUGACAACGGCAACACAAUGGAGGCCACCGUUGUACCGCUGCCCCUGCCGGCUCUGCCGGAGGGCUGGGAAGCCGAGAACGGCUUCAAGGCGAUCGGCAAGAUCACCAACGAGCGCGCGACGCAGCGCACGCUCGAGCCCGUGGGCCCGUACUUCCUCGCGCACGCCCGCCGCGCCCGCCACAAGCGCACCUUCUCGGAGGACGACCGGAUACAGGCUCAGGAGCGGGCCAAGAAAGUCGAGGACGACAACGAAAGCGACAUCAGCGAGCCCGAGGACCCCAUCAUGCUGCAGCGCGACGCCAAGGACUGGAAGACGCAGGACCACUACAAGGUGCUUGGCCUGUCCAAGUACCGAUACAGGGCGACCGAGGAGCAGAUCAAGCGCGCCCAUCGCAAGAAGGUGCUGAAGCACCACCCGGACAAGAAGGCGGCCGCCGGGCGCGCCGACGAUGACAACUUCUUCAAGUGCAUCCAGAAGGCGACUGAAAUCCUGCUCGACCCGGUCAAGCGGCGCCAGUUCGACUCGGUCGACGAGGAGGCCAACGUUCCGCCGCCGACCAAGAAGCAAUUGGCUAAGGGCAACUACUACAAGCUCUGGGGCAACGUGUUCAAGUCGGAGGCGCGCUUCAGCAAGGUGCACCCGGUGCCGUCGUUCGGCGACGAGAACUCGACCAAGGAGGAGGUCGAGAACUUCUACAACUUCUGGUACAACUUCGACAGCUGGCGCUCGUUCGAGUACCUGGACGAGGACGUGCCGGACGACAACGAGAACCGCGACCAGAAGCGGCACAUGGAGCGCAAGAACGCCAACGCGCGCAAGAAGAAGAAGGCCGAAGACAACGCGCGCCUGCGGAAGCUGCUCGACGAGUGCUCGGCCGGCGACGAGCGCAUCAAGCGCUUCCGCCAGGAGGCCAACGCGGCCAAGAACAAGAAGCGGCUCGAGCGCGAGGCGGCCGAGAAGAAGGCGGCCGAGGAGGCCCGCCUGAAGAAGGAGGCCGAGGAGAGGGCGGCCAAGGAGGCCGAAGAGAAGGCCAAGGCCGAGCGCGAGGCCGCCAAGAAGGCCAAGGAGGCGGCCAAGAACGCCGUCAAGAAGAACAAGCGCGUGCUGCGCGGGUCCGUCAAGGACGCCAACUACUUCGUCGACGGCGACCCGUCCGCCGCCACCAUCGACGCCGUCCUCAACGACGUCGAGCUCGUGCAGAGCAAGAUCGACGCCGACGAGAUCGCCGCGCUGGCCGGCAAGCUUAACGGCCUGACGGUCGCCGACGAGAUCAAGGGCGUCUGGAAGGCGGAGGUCGAACGGCUCGUGGCGGCCGGGAAGCUCAAGGAGGGCGAGGUCAAGGCGCUGGUUGCAUGAGGCAUGGCAUGAGGGCAUGGCCAUUUGCGAGGCUAGAUUAGCGAUUGCUUUGGUCGCUAGCGUUAUGAUGUACGAAAAUACUGCAUGCAGCAGCCAUCUGCGUGGUCCGCCUGAUGGUCACGACGGAAAACGCAAAGAGU